AUGUCAUCCAUCUCUCCAGGCGGCCACUUCCCCCUCAGAGCACCACAGUCAGGAAUGCUGCUGAGGAUCUGGCACGACACUGGAAGGGCGGAGUCCCAGCUUUUUUGGAUACUGGAACUGGAUUUUGGUAUCACGGCUGGCUUUGGGUCCACCCUUGCUCCCACCCUCGCUCCUGAGGAAGGAGUAGGUGGCGUGCUUUCACGCCUAUUUGAACGCUACAAGGAAGAGGAUCUGGAAUGUGGUGAAGAGAAACCAAAACCUGUAGUUCGUGUUCAUCCUGAUAAAAAUGUGUUUAGUGGAGAGAAAGUCACUCUCACAUGUGACAUACAGCAGACAGGAGACUGGCGGUACAGCUGGUAUAAAGACAGAAAUCAAAACUACAUCAUAGGACAAACACAAAACUAUGUAAUCCCAUCUGUGGAUUCACGUUAUGGUGGUGUGUACAGCUGUACAGGAUCUCAGUCAAAAGCUCCACGGCACUCAGACCGCAGUGAAGGAGUUACACUGACAGUAUCAGAUUUACCCACAUCUACACUGACUGUGACACCAGACAGUCCUGUAUUCACUGGAGAGACAGUCAAUCUGAAGUGUGUGAUAAAGCCUGAUCACAGUGACUGGAGAUAUGAGUGGUAUAAAGGCAACCAAUACAAUCCAAUGUUACAGACGUCUGAUCAUUACACUGUAAAUGGGGACACUAUUAGUGUUGUAAAAACUAUUGCAUCUGAUCAGGAUCAUUACUGGUGUAGAGGACAGAGAGAUGAAAGACCAAAAUCAUCACAUUUCAGCAUUAAUGUUUAUCUCUAUGUGAAGGAUUUACCCACAUCUACACUGACUGUGACACCAGACAGUCCUGUAUUCACUGGAGAGACAGUCAAACUGAAGUGUGUGAUUGAGUCUUACCGUGACUGGAUAUGGAGAAAUAGCCUGACAUAUGAACGGAGAUAUGACUGGACACCUGAGUGGAGAUAUGAGUGGUAUAAAGGCACAGACAGUGUAAUGUUACAGACGUCUGAUCAUUACAUUGUAAACAAAAACACUCUCACUAUCAGAGGAGCUACUGAGUCUGAUCAGGGUCAGUACUGGUGUAGAGGACAGAGAGAUGAAAGACCACAAUCAUCACAAUCAAGCUCUAAAGUUUCUCUCACUGUAACGGAUUUACCCACAUCUACACUGACUGUGACACCAGACAGUCCUGUAUUCACUGGAGAGACAGUCAAUCUGAAGUGUGUGAUUGAGUCUCACAGUAACUGGAGAUAUGAGUGGUAUAAAGGCACCGACAGUGUAAUGUUACAGAUGUCUGAUCGUUACACUGUAAACAAAAACACUCUCACUAUCAGAGGAGCUACUGAGUCUGAUAAGGAUCAGUACUGGUGUAGAGGACAGAGAGAUAAAAUACCAAAAUCAUCACAAUCAAGAUCUAAAGUUUCUCUCACUGUAAUGGAGAGACCAAAACCUGUAGUGAAGGUGACGCCAGAUCAGCGUGUGUUCAGAGGAGAGACAGUCACUCUCACAUGUGACAUACAGGGAGGAGGAAACAUUCAGUGGACAUACAGCUGGUUUAAAGAUGGUUCAGUCAUCAGACACGUCACUGAGAGAGUCUACACCAUCACAUCUGUGUCUGAUAGUGGUGAAUACAGCUGUAGAGGACAGAGAUCAGACUCACAGAGAUCAGACAUCAGUGCUGCUGUUACACUGACUGUAUCAGAUUUACCCACAUCUACACUGACUGUGACACCAGACAGUCCUGUAUUCACUGGAGAGACAGUCAAUAUGAAGUGUGUGAUUGAGUCUGAUGUCAGAAACUGGAAAUAUGAGUGGUAUAAAGGCAACGGAUACAACAGUGUAAUGUUACAGACGUCUGAGCAUUACACUGUAAAUGCAGACACUCUCACUAUCAGAGGAGCAAUUACAUCUGAUCAUGAUUCACCCACAUCUACACUGACUGUGACACCAGACAGUCCUGUAUUCACUGGAGAGACAGUCAAUAUGACAUGUGUGAUUGAGUCUUACAGUGACUGGAGAUAUGAGUGGUAUAAAGGCAACAGAUACAACAGUGUAAUAUUACAGACGUCUGAGCGUUUCACUGUAAAUGGAGACACUCUUAUUAUCAAAGGCGUAAUUACAUAUGAUCAGGAUCAGUACUGGUGCACAGGACAGAGAGAUAAAAGACCAAACAAAUCACAAUCAAGUACUGUUUCUUUCAUUGUGACAGAGAGACCAAAACCUGUAGUCAAGGUGACGCCAGAUCAGCGUGUGUUCAGAGGAGAGACAGUCACUCUCACAUGUGACAUACAGGGAGGAGGAAACAUUCAGUGGACAUACAGCUGGUUUAAAGAUGGUUCAGUCAUCAGACACGUCACUGAGAGAGUCUACACCAUCACAUCUGUGUCUGAUAGUGGUGAAUACAGCUGUAGAGGAGAGAGAUCAGACUCACAGAGAUCAGACAUCAGUGCUGCUGUUACACUGACUGUAUCAGGUCUGAAGCCAAAGCCUGAACUCACAUCAGAUCCUGCAGGAGCUGCACUGACAGGAAACACAGUGACUUUGACCUGUCGCAUGGAUCCGUCCACUGGAUGGGACUUUUACUGGUACAAACACACACUGAACCCUGAGACAAAGAAGACAGAAACAAACUCCUACAGAGUGAAGAUUGAUUCAGUGUCUGAUGGAGGCCAGUACUGGUGUAGAGCUGGAAGAGGGAAACCAGUCUACUACACACAAUACAGUGAUGCACUGUGGGUAAAUGUUACAGUGAGUCCUAAAGCUGUGGUGACGGUACGACCUGAUGAACGAGUGUUCAGAGGAGAAACAGUCACUCUCAGAUGUGAUAUAAAGUGGGGAGGAGACACUGAGUGGACGUACAGAUGGGAAAUAGAGGGAACAAAUGACCACCAUAAAAACUCUGUCAGCCAAAUCUCAACACAAGAGUUGAACAUCAGCAGUGUUGAUCACUUUCACAGCGGUAAAUACACCUGUACAGGACAGAAAAACACACAAAGCUCUCAGCGCAGUGAUGCUGUUACACUGAAUGUAUCAGCUGAAGCUCAGGCAGCAGUGCGAGUGUCUCCACAGCCGUGGCUGACUGAAGGAGACUCAGUGACUCUGAUCUGUGAGGUUACAGGCUCCUCUACAGGCUGGACGUUCAGCUGGUUCAGAGAUGAUGAUCAUCUGUCAGACAGCAGCAGAGGAGCUGGAGGCUCUUACACUCUCAGUCCUGCUGCUCUACAGCACACAGGAGUUUAUACGUGCAGAGCAGAGAGAGGACGACCGGCCUAUUACACAAACUACAGUAACACACAGCCACUGUGGAUCACUGGUGAGUCUGUGUGA